GAACAGCGAAUGAUCUAAGUACAAAAAUGGCACAGACCAUCCCAUUUAAUAUUAGAUUUGGUGCUGUCGCUGUCGUUUUGUCGAUGUAGUAAACUAUGAGUAUGACAAGUUAUUGCUUCACUCUUUGUUGCGCCGCUCUGCGUAUUAUCGUGUCCUGCAUUGAAGCGAGAAGGGAGCCGCGGAGGGACGACGACGUUACUAGAGAGGCUGAGCUUAAGCAGUCAAAGGCGUGCUCAUAGUCAUACCACGACCUGUUGCGGAAGUCCGCUGGCGCAAUUCACUGUGCUUGUGCCUAAGUGGAUCCGCCUGAAAAAAUCAUGGCGUUGUGGAGAUCUAUCGUAGAGCACUGGAGGCGCACACUUCGACUAGCCAACACAAGUGUGCUAAUCGUCCUUGCGCUCUGCUCGUACGCACGAGCGAGUCGUCAUGUUACGCUUGCCGUUGCUGCCAAGGAUCGUUGGGUGCCUCCAAUAU